AUGUUUUCAUAUUGUUUAAUAGAUAUUUUUAUGAGUGAAUAUCAUUUGAAUAAUGAAGAUCAUGAAGCUUUGGAAAAAUUUACAAAAUUUUUCUUGGUCAAAUCAGCCCAGAUUAUUAUUCAAUCACGUUUAGGAGAAAGAAAGACCACCAAAUCGAAACCCAUUUGCUCUGGAACUGAAUGGUUUCAUUUAUCCAUAAAAGACAUUCCAGAAGUAACAGUGAAUGCUAAAAAAUGUAUUAGUGAUAACAAGUUAUUAAUCGAUAGUCCCUAUGUUCCAUUUUGUGUUGAAAUAUCUUUAAGAACACCCGAACGUGAUACCAUGACGUUGGAAACAUGGUGUAUAUCAUUUGACGAUGCUGUAACAGAUCAAACACAACGUGUUCGUUUUAAUAUUUAUAAUCGUAUGAGUACGGUUUUACGUUCAUUGUUAUGUUGCACACGUUCAACACCGACAUAUCAAUUAUCUAGAAAACAAAGUCCAGAUAAAUAUAUUAUUUGUUAUCGUAUGUAUAGCGGUGAACCGUUAGUCAAUCAUUUAGGUGAACAUUAUUUAAAAAAAACAAUUGGUUCUAUUUUAACGCCUAUUGGACGUUUUGUUAUAAAUGUUGCUUAUCGAACACGUUUAACGAUCUCACCACAACAUGAACAACAAAGUUAUAAUCUGGGAUUAGAUAUCAAGGACAAUCAUUUUACAUCCGGGCAUCGACAAACAAAUUUUCCAACAAUAGACGAUGAUGGUAGUACCGGUGGAUACAACGAUGCACAAUUACCAUCAGAACAAAACGGAAGUGUACCAAAAAGUUCACCAAUUGAAAUGAUGAAAAGAAGGCAUACAAGUUAUGAUUCAGAAGUAUCGUCUAGUCAUGGUACACCAGAUAAAGUGUAUUUUAGUAAACUUCGUACUGCAUUCGGACCAAUAAUUAAUGGUACACCUCACACAUUAAGCGAACCAUUAUCACCUUUUUCUCGAAAUAAUAAUAAUAAUAGCAACAAUAACAGUGAUUCUGAACUUUUAAUGUCGCAACAAGAUCAACAACGACAACAAAACGACAAACAAAUGGAACAAGAAGUUAAUCGUAGUCAAAGUAAUCUUUAUAUAACGGGAGCUAACGAUGAAACAGCACCGGAUGAUUUUAUCCUAGUAGAAGUAAAACCAUUUUUUGGCAAAAGUGAUUCAACCGAUGAUUUAGCAGUGUUUAUACGUUCUUGUCAACAACCACCUAUGUUAGAAUCAUUUAUUAUUGAACCAUCACUCGGUGAAACGAUUAAUCAAUUAAGUGAAGAAUUAUUAGUAUUUGAAUCGAAAGUAGAAGAAUUUGAUCAACUUGUAAGUACGCUGGAAAAUAAUAAUAAUGAAUAA